AAGGUGCCACAAGUACUCCUUUUCUUUUUGCUAAUCAUUUUUGUUGCCCUUCGCUGGACUCUCUCCAAUUUUUCCACAUUUCCUGCUGGCAAUGCACCUACUUACACAUCCCAAAAUGCCAUUAGCCUUCUUGGCAACAAGGGCACACUGCUGACUCAUAUCCAGCUUCUCGUCCACUGUAACCCCUAAGUCCUUUUCUGCAGAACUGCUGCUGAGCCAUUCGGUCCCGGUGCAUGGGAUUCUUCAGUAACUGUGCAAAUGAGGAGAGAUCAUGGACAUUUAGAAGAAAACCUUCAACUUGCCUAAGGGAAGGAUCAGACCCUAAAUUUUAUAUUUUUAAAUGUUCUUUAUAGUAUUAAAACAAAUCAUUGUCUUAUAUUUUAUGUGCAUAAUAUGGUGUUUUAGAAAUCACUGCAGUUUUUGUUUUUAUGGAAUAUUUAUUACUCGCCAAUCUACUGUCACUAAAGAAGAGAAGGUAAUUGACUUUGCAUUUACUGUAGGAUGUCGUUUCUUUAUCCUGUCUGAAAUUUUUCACUAAAUUGAUUCUGAGGCUAGUCCCCCUGGAUGCUAGCACAGAUGGCCUAUUGCAACUGUCAGGCUACAAUGAAUGUUGGGCAAGUUAAGGGAUGUAUUUUCAUCUCUAUACAUGAGAAUUUAUGACCAUAUAACUCCCAUUAGUGCUAGUGGGAGUUAGGUACUUAAAACCCUAUUUCAUGAAGAUGAAAGUAUAUAUCUAAAUUGGAAGGUGAGUUACUGUAGUGUGGGUUCCUACAUCAUGAGCAGAAACAGAGUGUUAUUUGCUUGUUUUACAAGUUGGUGUUAGGUACCAGCAUUUUUUGCUCUUUAAUUAUUUUCAGAUUUUAAAAAAUAUUUUAAGACAAGUACAAGUUCAAAUAUAAAAGAGUGCUGUACAAAAAAGCCUUAAUGGUUACUUACUGUGAGUAGGAAAAAAUAAGAGAUUCAUCCUCCUCCUUAAUAAUAAAUAAUAGAGUAUCCUUGUAUCACUUGUCCAAGUUGAAUCAAGGCACACUAGCUAAAACCAAAGAAUACCAAAAAGAAGGAAGUGAAAUAGGAGAUAAAAUUGGUGGAUGAUUUUUGUGUUAGAGUACACAAAACUGUAGUGUGGAGGUUUCAGGUAUACCUUAUAUAAUCCUGCUUUAUGAUAGCAUUAUCUUUGGAGACAGGUUUAAAUUUGACUACAGCUGUUCUCCAAUAUAAUCACAAUGACUUAUUGUAACCAGGCUUAUUACUUAUGUAACUUAUUGCAGGCUGCCCCUCUGAAGUAAUUGAAGAGACCCAGACCUGUUCUUACUCCACAGUUCUGGUAUCUCCUUCUGCUGUCUCCAUCCCGCUCCCAUUUAUUUUAUUGUAACCAUGUAGGUUUCUGAGCAAACUUCUCCUCUGAAAGUGUUAAGGGCUUCAUCUUUUUUCAAACAGGAUCAGAUCCUAAGAGCUUUGGAAGAGGAAUGUGUCCAGAUACAAUUAUGAGUGCAGGUUACUGUUAGAAGAGAUUUAGUAUUAUUGAGCAAUAAAAUCCAGCCUGUACAAUGUGAGAGGCUUUCUUCUUUCAUGCUCUCCCAUUAUACAAUAUGUUCAAUAUGCUGCCAGAAUGUGGGAGAUGUUUCACAGUAAUAUGGUGAAAGGAUAUCUAUCUUUAUGCUUAGAUGUACAUAUUUUACUAUGUGCUUCCAAUAUGACCAUUCUUACAAUAUAUAACUAUCUUUCUUUUUGUUUUACAGCAAGCACUGUAAUUAUAUCAUGCAUGGAUGCUUGUUCAUUUAAUAACAUCACCUUUCCACUCUGUGCUUUUAACAAUUCUUCUGAAAGCUUCCUGCAACAAGGAAGUAAAAAACAGACUAUUUUUUUGAAGGUCUUUAUAAAUUACUCUGAUUUUCAAAAUACUCCAAGUAUUUGCCAAGUCUCCAGGAGUGAACUGCAACCAUGUAUUUUAAACUCAGCCUGUGAAUCCAAGAAUGAUAUGAAUGUUGUUCACCAGGAAUCAAGAUCAGAAGUUCCAGAAGUGACAGGAUCAUUAGAAAUGAAAGCAAAAAAUUUUAUUUCUUUCCAUAAACAUUUCAAUUUCACUGUGGGUUAUGUGAAUGAAGAAAGCGAGGAAUACAACACUUACUAUAUACUGGAAAUCCACAUUAGAAAUUCUACAACCAGAAGAGGAAACACUACAGAAGAAAAUAUAAAUCACUUAUGUAUAGCAGCAAUGAUGGAAGACCAAAAUGGCUGUAUAAAUAUUUCACUGCAACUACAGACUUAUGUGAAAAAUCCAAUGUGUAUGCUGAAGAUCAUUUGGCUUGUUCUGAUUCCAUUUGUUUUUGUGCUUGCCGUCAUUAUUGUUGCCUACAAAGUAUUCCAAGAAAAUAAAAAACACAUCAAUAGCAAAUAUAGAGCAACAGCAACUUCUGUUAUCCAACAAAGAGACAGCAAAUGGUCAAAAGAAUCUACACCUACUAAUAUUACUCAGCUCCUUUCAGAGCCCAACCAACGAAGACCCACAGCUAUCCCACAAACAGCAGAGAUAUUGCCUGCAAUACCUGAACAUGAGCAUUUUCAGCAGGCGUAGGAGUUUCAGGCAUUCCAGUACAAAACAUAAUCGAUACACCAUGAAAGAAGUCAUCUUCAUUUCCAAAACAUCCUUCCUUCGUCACCUUUUAUUCCUGAGAAUGCCAGGAACCUCAGUUAACAUGAUUUUGUAUUAGUCAAAACCACUCUAUUAAAAUAUGAACAAUGGAUAAACUGAUAUGGUGCUGUAGCAUCAACCUCAGUGGAAGACUAUAGAUUUCAUAUCUAUUUUGGGUUCAUUCAGGAUUUAUUCUUACUCACAAAGUUGAGAGAUUAUCCUUGCUAUAAUUUUUCUUUCCAGCUGAGAAGAAAUCAAUUUGUAUUCUCUGUGAAAAAAUGAGACUGUUUUAAAUGGAAAAUUUUGAUGGACCAUGGAUGUUAGUUUGUGAAAUGUGAAUGUCAUAGGUGACAAUGAUCCUUAAAGGUGUAGUCGCUGGCUGCUGCUGAAGAAGCAAGAAGGGUCACAUAUCAUGGGCUAAAUCUUGAAGUUCAAUGUGAAAACAAUGGAACUUUUGCAGUGAAGUCAAUGAGAGUUUUGUAUGUACAAAGACUGCAGAAUCUUAAUGGGUUAAGGGGAAAAUGUGGAUAAAUAGUGCAGAUUUGGCUUCAAACUAUGAAACCAAUUUUUUUAAACAACUCAUUAGCAGCACCAAAUGGAUUUUGUACUACUUGAUAAUUGCAAUCCUAUUUUUGCACCAGCUUAGGUCAUUAGAAUUCAGACUCAUUAUCUCCUGCAACUUUUCCUUAUUUUCCAUUUAUUACUGAUCCUUUGAGUGUAGUGGAGCUGUUUGGGCUUAUCAGGGUCCCAAACUCAUUCUGUGCUUACACAUUAUUUGUGGGUACAAUUUAGCCAUAAAUUACCAGCAAGAGACUGAAAUUGCAGAGCCAGGGCUUCUAACUCCCUUGUGCUAAAUCCAUCAGGAUGAACAGAUUGUAAACUGCCCAUUGCAAAUAUGAUAUGCAGUAAUUUAGCAUCAUGUUAAUGCUGAAUAACCUCCAUCUCUUACAUUUAUAUGGCUCUUCCCUCCAGAAGCUUUCUGAAAUUGCUUCUCUAGUCAUUAUACUGUACCGAGCAGUUCAGAUUUAAUAGGAACAAUUGUGAACAUUAGUUUUUGAAUGGCUGAGCCUAUUUGAAAUUUUUAUAUCUAGUUGGAUAAACUUGAAAUAUUUAUUUCUACUGCUUGUGUCAUCAUAUUACAAAAAAAUCCAGGAAAAACCUUGAUUUUGUUGUGUCUUUGGGGCUGAUAUGGUUAGUUGUAAUAAUAACUUCAAACCUUCCAGAAAUGGCCUCUUAAAUAUAGUAUAUAAAAUAAACU